CCCGAGGCCGCACUUCCGGUCGCCGCUCGGCGCUGGGGCUUCCUCCCCGGGCGGGGCCGGGGCCGCUGGAACUGUCACCAGAACCGGGCGGCGGGGACUAGAAGUAACGAGGGACGGAGCUCUGUGGUUCAGGGCCCCCCGGUGCAGCCUGGACGGAGGGGCUGGGAGGCAGCGGCCGGUGUGGACAGCGCAGGGAGCCCGAGGAGGACACCGGGUCUUGUUAAUGCACUUGGUCAUUGGAGGCGGGCACGGGCACGGAAAUUGGUAAAUGUGUUAGGAAACACUGACCGUAAACGGGGCCGCCUAGUAACAAUCGUGACUCGGUAUUUGCAGGGACGUUCCCAUAAAGGGACCGGGUGGGGAUAUCCAAGCGUUGCAUUUCACCUCCUAUUCGUGCGCUGUGCAAAGUCCUGUGCGCUCGCCAGGCCUCAGAAUGCUCCCAAGGGAGCUCUGCCUUUUAUCCCAAGGUUCCCGACAAGGAAACCGAGGAGGCCGAGGGCGGUGAAGCAAUGCGCCCCGGGCGGACAGCAGUGAGGAGCGACCCGGGCGGGCUGGCUCUCACCGGCUCUCACCGGCUCUCACCGACGGUCUUCCCUACAAACGGCAUCUCAGCCCUGAAACAGCCCGAAGCGCAGCGCUGAGCCAGGAUCCAGGCCUGACAUCCCUGGGUCCUGACCUUGUGAUUUCCAGUAGCUACAGCCCUUGCCUCCUUCCCAUUCCAGUACGUGCUGUCUGUCUUGAAAUUUACCUGCCCUACGUUGUUCCAAGGAUCUGAUGUUUUGGCGUGGCUUCCUGCUUCGGUGCUGUUUGUGGGCAUAAUCUACGCCGGUUCCAGAGCAUUAUCCAGACUGGCCAUUCCUGUGUUUCUCACUUUGCACAAUGCAGCUGAAGUCAUCGUCUGUGGGCACCGGAUGUGUUUUCGGAAAGAGGGAAUUUAUAGCACCGCUGAGAAUCAGAGCUGGAUUAAUGGGAGGAAAUUAAAGAGACGGCUGAACCGGGAGUGGGACACAUGCUUCAAUCCUUUAUCACAGUUACACCGGCCUCUCCCUCCCGUGAAAACGCCUCCUGCCAAGAUCUGUAGCGCCCUCCUGCUCCUGGCCGCUGCGGGGAGCCUCCCCUUCAAUGACGCCCAGUUUGAUCCAGAUGGGUACUUCUGGGCUGUAAUUCACUUACUCAGUGUAGGGGCCUAUAAGAGUCUCCGGACGUCCCUGAAGCCCAGGGCGCUGAGUGACAUCGACCAGCAGUACCUAAACUAUAUAUUCAGCGUGGCGCUCCUGGCAGCUGCAGCACAUCCCACAGGUGACCUCCUCCGUGCCCUGGACUUCCCCUUCUUGUAUGUCUACAGAUUCCACGGCAGCUGCUGCGCCAGUGGCCUUUUGGGGUUCCUCGUCACGCUCAGCGCCGUGAAGCUGAAGAGCCUGGUGGCCCCUGGGCAGUGUGCGGCCUGGCUGCUCCUGGCUCAGGUGCAGUUAAUCGGUACAAGCAGGCCGGCCGUCUACCUCGGAGCAGGCGAGGUUUUUCCAAAGGGAAAGGAACUCACAGGGCAAAAGGCGAGUCCCCGGCUGUGACCUGCAGGCGCGAGGAGGCGUCCGCUCCUGGCUUAUUCUCUGACUUCCUGUUGAGAUGGCAAACGGGCGACAGUGACUCAGUAAACGCACGUUCCUCCUGACCAUGGGCUGCAGCCCUGAGAGGCCUCGGUGACAGCGUACGUCCCUCCGUGAGAGGGCGCCCAGCACAACCUCCUGCUGCUGCUUUUUUUAAUGCUUUUAUUGAUUU